GCGCUCUCUCCAUUUCAUUACAUCCCAUUGUCUUCAACAUCGUAGGGUUUCAAUUCUACACUCACAGACCGGAUUGAACAGAGAGAUUCAGAGAGGGAGUGUGUGUGUGUUUGUGAUUUAUAGUUGGAGAGAAAUGGAUGCCUAUGCUCUGCAUCUAGCCAUGGCGGCUCUGGUUGGAGCGUCGUUUGUAGCGGUGUCGGCCUACUACAUGCACCGGAAAACUCUAUCUCAGUUGCUAGAAUUUGCGAAGACGGUUGAGCGAGAGCGAGGAGAUGGUGAUGAGGAGGCGAUGGAGAGAGGUGAUUCGCCUCAGCAUUUCAGGAAGUAUGGUGAGAAGCGAAGGAGUCAUGGGCGGCGUAAGGGAGGAGGUUAUCGUCGGACGUCAGCUUCGUUGCCUGAUGUUACGAUGAUUGCUUCUGCUGAUGCUGACGGGGAGGAGAUGCGGAACGGUGCUAUCUCUUUCGAUGACCGAAAUCUUCCGAUUCCGGCCGGAUUGCCUCGUUUGCACACGCUGCCUGAAGGACAAUCUGCUGGACGAGCGAGCUCAAAUAAGAGAAGUGCACAUAUUAUGAGGCCAACUUCUCCCAAGUCUCCUGUUGCUAGUGCUAGUGCUUUUGAGAGUAUAGAAGGAUCCGAUGAAGAGGAUAACUUGACUGACAAUUCUAAACUGGACAAUAGCUAUUUGCAUGCUAAUGGAGAUGCUGUAUCAGAGGGUAAAAACCUGUAUCAAAAUUUGCCAGAUCACCUGAAUGCUAAUACUGAGCAGAAGCCUAUAGCUGCCAGCAUGAUUCGAUCCCAUAGUGUGUCUGGUGACCUGCAUGGUGUGCAGCCUGACCCUGUAGCAGCUGAUAUUCUGCGGAAAGAGCCAGAACAGGAAACUUUUGUGCGACUUAAAAUUAACCCAACUGAGGUUCCAUCCCCUGAUGAAGUGGAGGCCUACCUAGUACUUCAAGAAUGCCUUGAGCUGCGAGAAAGUUAUGUGUUCACGGAAGCAGUUGCUCCUUGGGAGAAAGAAGUUAUCACUGAUCCCAGCACACCAAAGCCUAAUCCAAAUCCAUUUGCUCAUACACCUGAGGAAAAAACUGAUCAUUAUUUUCAGAUGGAAGAUGGUGUUGUUCAUGUCUAUGCAGAUAAAGAUUCGCCGGAGAAACUUUUUCCUGUUGCUGAUGCAACAACCUUUUUUACCGAUCUGCAUCGUAUCCUUCGAAUAAUUGCUGCAGGAAACAUUCGAUCUUUAUGUCAUCAUCGAUUAGUUCUUCUGGAACAAAAAUUCAACCUUCAUUUGAUGCUUAAUGCGGAUAGAGAAUUUCUUGCUCAGAAAAGUGCACCACAUAGGGACUUCUACAAUGUCAGGAAAGUUGACACUCAUGUUCAUCACUCAGCGUGUAUGAACCAGAAACAUCUAUUGAGGUUUAUCAAGUCAAAGUUGAGGAAAGAGCCUGAUGAGGUCGUAAUAUUCCGAGAUGGGACGUAUCUGACACUGAAAGAAGUUUUUGAGAGUUUAGAUUUGACAGGGUAUGACCUUAAUGUAGAUCUUCUGGAUGUCCAUGCUGACAAGAGUACAUUUCAUCGUUUUGACAAGUUCAAUCUCAAAUACAAUCCUUGUGGUCAAAGUAGGCUCCGAGAGAUUUUCCUUAAGCAAGAUAAUCUUAUCCAAGGUCGUUUCCUCGGUGAGUUGACAAAACAAGUAUUCACGGAUCUUGUAGCCAGUAAAUACCAGAUGGCCGAAUACAGGAUAUCAAUCUAUGGUAGAAAGCAAAGUGAGUGGGAUCAACUGGCUAGUUGGAUAGUGAAUAAUGACUUAUACAGUGAGAAUGUUGUUUGGUUAAUUCAGCUUCCACGUCUGUACAAUGUGUACAAGGAAAUGGGAAUCGUUACAUCCUUCCAGAACAUUCUUGACAACAUAUUUCUUCCCCUUUUCGAGGUUACUGUUGAUCCAGAUUCACACCCUCAAUUGCAUGUUUUCUUGAAACAGGUUGUUGGGUUGGAUUUGGUGGAUGACGAAAGUAAGCCUGAAAGGCGACCAACAAAACACAUGCCAACACCAGCUCAGUGGACCAAUAUUUUUAAUCCUGCAUUCUCAUACUAUGUUUACUACUGUUAUGCUAACCUUUACACCCUAAAUAAGCUUCGUGAAUCAAAGGGGAUGACAACCAUCAAAUUCCGACCACAUUCAGGAGAGGCUGGUGACAUUGAUCAUCUUGCGGCAACUUUUCUUACGGCUCACAACAUUGCUCACGGAAUCAAUUUGAGAAAAUCUCCCGUCCUGCAAUAUCUGUAUUAUCUUGCACAGAUCGGGCUGGCAAUGUCUCCUCUGAGCAACAAUUCCUUGUUUCUGGAUUAUCAUCGGAACCCUUUUCCGAUGUUUUUCCUUCGGGGCCUCAAUGUUUCUCUUUCAACAGAUGAUCCUCUACAAAUUCACUUAACAAAAGAACCCUUGGUAGAAGAAUACAGUAUAGCAGCUUCUGUGUGGAAAUUAAGUUCAUGUGAUCUAUGUGAGAUUGCUCGUAAUUCAGUAUACCAAUCAGGGUUUUCACAUGCACUGAAGUCACAUUGGAUUGGAAAAUCAUACUACAAUAGAGGUCCUGAUGGAAAUGAUAUUCACAAAACAAAUGUGCCUCAUAUCCGGGUGGAAUUUCGUGAAACGAUCUGGAGAGAGGAAAUGCAACAGGUAUAUCUGGGAAAGGCUGACAUUCCAAAAGAAGUGUAUCAGUGAAGUCAGGGCUCAUAUGCACCAUUCUUCAUUGUUAUUCAUUUGUCCUCCUGUUAUGGGAGGUGAAAGACCUGAACUCUUUUCAUCCUACAUGAGGAGGCAUUUCCAGGUGAUGUGCAAGUUGGCUGGCAGUCUUGGAGGUGCUAAUGAGGGAGAGAAAUUGCCAAUGGUCGUCUGUGUGAUAAAUUGUAACAUAAGAGAGCUUCUAGUAGCAUGAGAUACAGUGAGUCAAAAUCCAUAGUUACUGCAAGAAAAAUCCUAUCUUAGACUCUGAUUUGAUUGGAUUCUAUCCAAUUGGAGGGGGGGGGGGGGACUUCACAAAUGAGUUGCCUUGCUAAGAGGCACUGAUAAAUUAAUUUGUUACGAAGAUGAUAUUAGAACAUUUCCACGUGUGCCCAGGAGGGUCUCAAUUUUGAGCUGGUUAUGUAGUUCUUCCUACAUUGCAAUGGUAUCUGUAACAUGUUACAAUGUUGCUUAUUCAUCGGCAAGGCAAGGAAACUUCUUCUGCAUAUUGAA